GUUCCUAAAGUUACUCACACUGAAUUCUGUCAAGGACGCACCAUGAGAUGGGCACUGGCAUGGAGUUUCUAUGAUGAUGUACAAGUACCUUCACCUCCUUCUAAAAGAAGAAAAUUAGAAAAACCGCGAAAACCGAUUACAUUUAUGGUCUUGGCUUCUACAGUCAAAGAGUUAUCCAUCAAAGCUGCAGCUAUGGGCUGGGAUGCUGUAGAAGCCAUUGCUGUGGUUAGAGCCUGGGUAGAGAAGAUCCUUACUGAUCUGAAGGUUCAGCAUAAACGUGUUCCCUGUGGAAAGGAUGAAGUUAGCCUGUUUGUGACUGCCAUUGAAAACUCCUGGAUUCAUCUGAGGCGAAAGAAACGAGAGAGAGUAAGGCAACUACGAGAACUUCCACGAGCUUCUGAAGAUGCUCUGCAAGCAAUGGAAGAGGAAAAAACCAGCCAGAAGAGUGUGAGCAACAAUUCGGACUGUGAAAACCCCAAGACUGAAGACUCUGAAACGGGGUUUAUGGCACCUGAUGAGGAUGUCCACUUGACUGCAGAUGACGAGCUAACGGAAGAGUCUGCUGCCAAAGAAGAACACAGUGAGCAUGUGAAGGAGGAGGAGACAGAAGCAAAGCAGGGAGAAACAUCACUUGGCAAAGGUUCUGGUAAUGCAAAGGAGGAACCUUGCCCUUCAGAGGAAGCCAGCAAUCUGACAGUUGAAAAAGAACAAAAUCCCAAAGAAACUAGUAGAUGUUUUCUCUUUAAGUGUUUGAUGAAUGUGAAGAAAGAAGGAAAUGAUGUAUUAGUAGAAAUGCACUGGGUUGAAGGACAGAACAGAGACUUGAUGAACCAGCUGUGCACAUACUUACGGAACCAAAUUCUUCGACUGGUUGCUAGUUAGCCCUUUUUCCUACUUUGGUAAAGUCAGUCCU